UUGUGGGUUGGCAAGAAGAUGAAUAUUUUCCUCGACAGAGCAGUUUAAACUUGUCUCCACCAUAUCCAGGAAAACACAUUUUGCUACAAUGAACGUCAACCUGGUCUUCUAUAUCUCCUGUCUCAUCUGCAUUUUCACAACCGGAACACUUCAUGGUGCUGAUGCAGCACAAGGGAAGUAUGCCCAACAGCUCUUUAAUGAACUUUUCCAAGACUAUUCAAAUGCUCUCAGACCAGUGGAAGACACAGACUCAGUUUUGAAUGUCACUCUUCAGAUCACACUUUCCCAAAUAAAAGAUAUGGAUGAGAGAAACCAAAUUUUGGCAGCUUACCUGUGGAUUCGACAAAGUUGGUAUGAUGCCUUUCUGAAAUGGGACAAAGACCAAUAUGAUGGGUUGGACUCUAUUCGGAUUCCCAGCAAUCUUGUAUGGAGACCAGACAUUGUCCUGUAUAACAAGGCUGAUGAUGACUUCUCUGAGCCAGUGAAUACAAACAUUGUUUUGAGAUAUGAUGGAAAAAUUACUUGGGAUGCGCCAGUUAUAACCAAAAGUUCCUGUGUAGUGGAUGUCUCUUACUUCCCUUUCGAUAGCCAACAGUGCAAUCUUACCUUUGGUUCUUGGACUUACAAUGGUAAUCAGGUAGAUAUAUUCAAUUCUUUAGACAGCGGCGACCUCUCCGACUUUAUAGAAGACGUAGAAUGGGAGAUUCAUGGCAUGCCAGCUGUCAGGAAUGUGAUAACCUAUGGCUGCUGCUCAGAGCCUUAUCCAGAUGUUACAUUCACCCUGAUUUUGAAAAGGAAGUCAUCUUUCUACAUUUUCAACCUGCUGCUUCCUUGCCUGUUGAUCUCUUUUCUGGCUCCACUGGGAUUCUACCUUCCAGCGGACUCUGGAGAAAAAGUAUCUCUCGGAGUUACUGUUCUGCUGGCCCUCACUGUAUUUCAGCUCAUGGUUGCCGAAAGUAUGCCUCCUUCUGAAAAUGUACCCUUGAUCGGUAAAUACUACAUCGCCACAAUGACAAUGAUCACAGCCUCCACAGCACUGACAAUCAUCAUCAUGAAUAUUCAUUACUGUGGAUCAGGAGCGAAACCUGUCCCACACUGGGCAAGGGUUGUGAUUUUAGACUACAUGUCCAAGAUCUUUUUUGUUUAUGAUGUUGGUGAAAAUUGCACAAGUUCACAGCAUGCAAAAGAACAAGACCUAAGCUUGAAAAAACCAAAUACAUCCCUCAAAGAGCCAGUACAAUAUGAAGGGGGAAGGCAACCAUUGGCUAAGAUCAGAAACCAUGACAGCACCCUGAAGAAGAAGUUUCCAGAAGAUGUAAGCAAUUGCUUUGAUAUCCAAGGUGAAAAUAGUCGGGAUAUUGUGAGCUGCUGCUCCUGCUACCGGAUACUGAUUAAGAAUAUUGAAUAUAUUGCUAACUGUGUGAGACGCCAGAAAGCAAACCAUGCAAAAGGGGUAGAGUGGAAAAAGGUCGCCAAAGUGAUGGACCGAUUCUUCAUGUGGAUUUUUUUUAUAAUGGUCUUUUUCAUGAGUGUUUUGGUUAUGGGCAAAGCUCUUUAAUGGGCAAUAUAUAUCCGGGCUCUGGCUGGACCACUAGAAGUUUUACUGCAAACUUUAGCAAGGGUUUCAAAAAAUUAC